GCCUGAUUUGUGGGCAAUGUUGGGGAUGUAGAAAAAAAAAAGGAAACCGGAGCAAAGAGAGAGCGCAAGGGAGAGAUAGGGAGACAACACUAACUGGGUAGCUAUGGAGAUAGUAGGUUUUCCUGGUAGCUUUCUUUGACAGGUGUCGAGUGGGAUAAAACAAAGUAUCAGAAACAGCCUCCAAGAUGUACGGCAAGGGCAAAGGAGCUGUGGUCCCCUCCGAUAGCCAAGCGAGAGAAAAGUUAGCGUUAUAUGUGUACGAGUACCUGCUACAUGUGGGAGCACAGAAGUCCGCACAGACCUUCCUGUCUGAGAUUCGAUGGGAGAAGAAUAUUACAUUAGGGGAGCCUCCCGGAUUCCUCCAUUCGUGGUGGUGUGUAUUCUGGGAUUUGUAUUGUGCGGCUCCAGACCGAAGGGAGACAUGCGAGCACUCCAGCGAGGCAAAAGCCUUCCAUGACUAUAGUGCAGCGGCAGCGCCCAGCCCUGUGAUGGGCAACAUGCCCCCGAAUGACGCCAUGCCAGGUGGUCCCAUGCCCCCAGGCUUCUUCCAGGGACCACCCGGCUCUCAGCAGUCCCCCCACGCACAGCCCCCCCCACACAACCCCAGCAACCCCAUGAUGGGACCCCAUGGCCAGCCUUUCAUGUCACCACGGUAUCCAGGUGGACCGCGUCCCGCACUCCGAAUGCCAAAUCAGCCUCCGGGGGGAAUCCCUGGAUCUCAGCCUCUCCUGCCAAACAGUUUGGACCCGACAAGACCGCAAGGACAUCCUAACAUGGGUGGACCUAUGAGAAUGAACCCCCCUCGAGGAAUGGCCAUGGGCCCACAGAAUUACGGAGGUAUGAGGCCUCCUCCCAACUCCAUGGGCGGUCCCAUGCCAGGAAUGAACAUGGGUCCCGGAGGAAGAGGGCCUUGGCCAGGACCUAAUGCUAACUCUAUAGCCUACUCCUCCUCAUCUCCAGGAAACUAUGUGGGUCCUCCAGGAGGAGGAGGUCCACCUGGAACUCCCAUCAUGCCCAGCCCAGGUGAUUCGACUAACUCCAGUGAAAACAUCUAUACAAUGAUGAAUCCAAUCGGACCGGGAGGCAACAGACCCAACUUCCCUAUGGGACCUGGGCCUGACGGGCCAAUGGGAGCUAUGGGAGCCAUGGAGCCACACCACAUGAACGGAUCACUAGGGUCUGGGGAUAUGGACGGGUUGCCAAAGAGCUCCCCUAAUAACAUGGGGGGCAUGAACAACCCUCCUGGAACGCCAAGAGAUGACGGCGAAAUGGGCGGGAACUUCUUGAACCCAUUCCAAAGCGAAAGUUAUUCACCCAACAUGACGAUGAGUGUGUGAUUUUAUUUUUUCCUUUUUUUUGUAUUUUUCUUUAUUUCCUCCCUCCUAUUUUUGUACCCCUGCACCUGAUUUUUUUUCUUCAAUUCAAUCCUUACUUCACCUCGGAUUGGACCACCUCCCCCUCCUCACACACACACCCUCUGCCCCCCCCCCAUAUGGGAUCCGCUAUCCAACCCCCACCUACCCACCACCACCCCUUUUGUCCUUCUCACUCUACGGGAACUCUACGGCCACGCAGCCUUCUGGGACAGCCCUUGAGCAUGCUGGGACUCUUAUUAAGACGGGCCCUCCUGGAGCAUGCAAGAUGGCCGCCGGUCUGAAUAGGAAGCAGUCACAGAGCAACAGGAAGAGCCUCCUCUCUGACUCCGGCCCGGGCCUCCCUGGCUUCCUGUCAGGUUCUAGACAAUGAGCGAGGGAAGGAGGACAAACAGAGAGAAAGAGGGAGUGAGGAGACUGGAUAAUAACACAGCCCUCGCAUGAGGACACAGCGUUGGGUCUUUUAGCCGCCGCCUGAAGCUUCUCAACCUGGACUUUUUAUCGUCUUUUUUUUGUUGCCGUUCCUCCCGACGGAUUCAGUUGAGGGUCGGACAUUCGAUGACCCCGUUGCCCCCCCCCCCCAUAUUGUUCUCUCUGUGUGUACAUUUUUUAACAGAGGUGUUGUGAUGAUCAGUGAACUCUUUCUUUUUCUCCAUUUUUUUGUGUAUGUAUUGUAUCAUGCUAUUUUUAUUAUUGUAUUAUUGUUAUUAAUGAUAUUGCUAUGAUCAUUUUAAGAUUAGGUUCUAAUUUCUGUUGUUUCUAAGGGCACAUUAAUGCGAUGAAGACAGCACGUGUGCACACAGAUCAGAAACUAUUUGCUGUGUAACAUGUGGCUCCGUGCGAGCACACUGCCCCCUGCUGGUAAGAUUUAUCCAUCACGGUACUGAUUGGCCCUUUUUUUUAAUAUAUAUAUAUCUCUCUCAGAGUUUUAGCAGCCAUCUAAAUUUUUAACUCCUCGUUCGAUAACCAGAAGAAGAAGCGGCUCCUGUUUUUAGUAGCUUCCAUGCAGUGAAAUGCACAGCUCUAUUUAUUUAUGUACUUUUAAAUUUGUCUUAUGAAUCAUUGUUACUUUUUUAAAAGUGUUAUCCCUGUUUUUUUUUGUUAACUGCAGAACUAGUAGCAACUGUGUAAAUAUUCAGAUCCAGUCAGCAGCGUCUCCUCAUCUCCGUCGUUAGACCCCCUCUGUCCAAGCCCCCGAAGGUGCUGAAGACCCUCCACUCAUGCUGCUUCCUCUAAUGCUGCCCACUUAGGUUACCGUUCACUCCGACACGUGUCGUAGGCCGCGUUAUCGUCUCUGCUGAACUGUAGUGAACACUUGGAUUGUUUUUUUGUUUGCUGACAAGUCCUCAACACACUGUGAUGUAUGUCUGUGCUUUAUGGGAAUUUUGCUUUCACACACCAGUCUCAGUUUAGCUUUGCAGACGUCUUGCUGUCGCACACGCCCUCUGAAAGGACUUCCGGCGCUCUGCUGAUCGGCGUUUUUUCGUCGGAGCAAAGCAGGAAGCGGAAAGGCUCUGUUGACUCUGAUGAGCGGCCUCCUUCCCUUUGCUCAUGUUGAAGAAAAAGACCUCCGUCCUUUCCUCCCCCCCCCCCCCUCUUUUCUCACCUUUCUGACGGGCCAGCAUCGAAACACACUCCCACACCACCCCCCCUCUCUGAUUCUUUUUUUUUUUUUUGUACAACUCUCUCCAUCUUUUUGAUUUUAAUUUUUUUGUAAAUACUGUAAAAUGCAUUUUGAUAUCAUUGACAUGUUUUGAUAUUUUCAAAAUCACAACAACAGUUGAUCAGAAACGAUUUCGGGGCAACUGUGUGUUCAGAGAUGGUGUGUCUUUGAUGGCGAGAAACAGAAACUGGAGCUGCUAUAGAACUAUUAUGCUAUUUCACCUCAUCACAGACAGACGUGGCGCCUCACCGCGCGUCAGAGCUGUAGCGUCAAGGGAUCUGAGACGAGGACCAGGGAGGACAAUUUCGUAGUGAGUGUGUUUAGACGCCUCUUAGCUAACUCACUGUCACACACAUUUCCUCGACAGAUCUUCAAAUGAAAUACGAGUCUCCCUCCUCUGCCUCUGUUCUUGGGAAAUUCUUGAGUAAGGUGGCCAAGACGCCACAAACACAUGUAUUUUUCACUGUGUUGGACAGAGAAUUUGCAAGAACAGAGCGACAGAGGCCAGUUCUCGUAAUAAAACUUGUCCCUCCCGCGUCUGCCUCCGACACAUUUAACUACCCUCUUGACAAAAAGCGAAAGCGGGGCACACAGGACACUGGCUCUCAAUCUGACACACCAGGGACCAGAGUACAGACUUUACUAUGAAGGAUUUUUUUUUAAUCUAUUUAAAAAUGGGGCGGGGAGAAAUGUUUUUGGGAAAGUAAAGAGAAAAAAGAUUUGUGCUUAUUGCUGAGAAGAGGUAGAGAGAGUGCGGGAACAGGCGUUUCCUCCCCUGUACUUUGAAAUACUGUUGUAUAAAAUGCAGUCGAACUUCUCUCUAUCUUUCUGUCCUGUAAGUAAAGCCGUCACAACGUUGAUCAUUUCUGUAUUUCUAUUGUGCUGAUGUAUAAUACUGUAACAUUCAGGGGUAGGGAGGGUUGAGAGAGGAAUUUUUUUGAGGGGAGUAAAGAUUUUUCUGUUGAGUUCCUCAUUAUUUUUUCCUCUUGAUGACAAAGCAGUAUUGAAUAUGAGGCAGUCUGUCCUUGGGGAGUUGCUUUGUAUCUCAUGUUAGGGUAGUUUCAGAUCCUAAAUGUCUCGUGUAGUAAAAUGAGAGGUUCCUUCUUCGUAUGUUUCUUUAUAUUGUAAAGUUUCUUUAGACAAAAAAAUGUUGCUUAUUGGAAAAAAAGGUGGGAAAACUGCAUUGAUAAUAAAUGUAAUUUUUUUUCGGUUUUGUUUUAAUUUUCAUCAAGUUGUCAGUCGUUUUUGCCUGUGUCCCCCUUGUUGUAGAUACAUAUUAAAAACAAAUAAAAUGACUUCACUCCUUUUGCCAUGAA